AUGUGGGCGCCCAGCAUUGUGUCGACCUACCAUGACCUUCUCAAGUCUGACCCCGACCUGACGAUGCCGAUCGCGGCCAUCGAGGCCCUGGUGUUGCUCUUGACGCACUCGCCUUCUAGCACGAUUUCAGAGACGCUCGACUUGCUCGCGAAGCAUACAACCAUCCUCAAAAACGCCGUCCCCAACCCCAUCGCUCUCUCGGCCGGCACAGAUUUGUUUCAACGAUACCUGAUCACCACUCUACAGAGACCGGGCCAGCUGGGGCCAGCAGGAGAUUUCAACGCGAUACGGGCUCAUUUGUUGUCGAACGGGCGACUCUUUAUUAAACGUGCCAAGGAGAGCCGGAACACAAUCGCUGCAUUUGGAAAGGGAUUUGUCCGGGAUGGAAGCACAAUCUUGACAAACGGCGGAUCUCGCGUGGUGUCAGCAUUGCUACAGAAAGCAGCAGACGAAAUGAGUGGCUCGUCUGCCGUCCGGUUCCGUGUUAUCUACGUUCUUUACGGUAUCAGCGACGCCGACAGUCUCACAGUGGAGCCUGAAGGCCUGGAGACGGUACGCGCUCUGAGAGCGAAGGGUGUGCCAGUUGCUACUAUCCCCGAAUCUGCCGUCGCCUAUUCACUAGGCAAAGUCGACACAGUCAUUGUGGGUGCUGAAGGUGUGGUGGAAAAUGGCGGCAUUGUGUCUCGGAUGGGCACAUACCAGAUUGGUCUGUUGGCAAAGGCGAUGGGAAAACCGUUCUACGUUGUUGCGGAAAGCCACAAAUUCGUCCGUCUGUAUCCACUUGGACAGUAUGACCUUCCGAUCGAGCAGCAUGUGAUCAACUUCAAAACGGACGAAGACAUUGGCGAAUCUUCGCAAAAGAGCGGCGACCAGGCGUCAUCAGAAGAAGAAAAGACAGAGACAUCCAAAGAAAAGGCAGAGCACAUGGCUGCGCUGUUGAACGGAGCACCAGCGAACAAGGCACAGGGGCCCCUUCGACGUGACGCGGUAGAUUUUACUCCGCCACAUCUAAUCACAGCGUUGAUAACGGAAAGCGGCGUGCUUACCCCGAGUGCGGUCAGCGAAGAAUUGAUUAAGAUUUGGUUUUAA